ACUCUCCCCCAAAUCUGCACCUUUCCGCACCAAAUCACAAAGCAACGCCAACAACAUCAUUUCUGCCGCGCUUCUCUUUUUUUUGUUAACAGCCAUGCAGCAGGAAACCGACAGCUCAGCCAAGUCAAGUGCUGCAGCCAUCCGCAUCAGAGAAAACCAGCGUCGGUCGCGGGCCCGCCGGAAAGAAUACGUCGAGGGCAUGCAGAGGAAGCUGCAGGAAUUCGAGAGCAAGGGCGUGGCCGCCACGCUGGAGAUGCAGCAGGCCGCGCGCGACGUCGCCAUUGAGAACUCGCGGCUGAAGAUGCUACUCGCCCACAACGGCAUCGGCAUGGACGCCGUCGAGAGCUUCCUGCAGUCGUUCAAGGGCCAGGACGCCUCCGAGGCCGAGCAGUAUGCCGCCAAGAUUGCGACUGCCGAGUCCAUUGCCAGCCUGGGCCGGGCGUCCACCGUGGCGACGCUGUUCCCGGAGCAUGCCCACAUCGACAAGCUGGCGGUUCUGGCCAGUGCCAGCAUGCAGCAGCAGGGCGGCAGUGCGUCUGCCUCUGGACACGACUCAGACACGACGAUUACCUCGGACGAUUCUACAACGGGGCCCAGCACGGGGCCCGUAACGCCAAACUCGAGCCACAUGAACGCUCCUUCACCGAGUGAUGCCGACUUUGAGGCGCCGCAGACAAUGUCUUGCGAUGCGGCUGCUCACAUCAUUGCGCAGAUGCAGGGCUGUGGCUUUCGAGAACCUUCCAAGGGAGGCCACUUGGAGAGUGGCGGCCAGGGCAGCGACUAUUUGAUUCAGAACUCGGCAUUCUUGAAGAUUCUUGAAGCUGCGUCUAUAUUCAACUAGUCUGACGAAACUCUAAAGAGAAAAAAAAAGGAAAAAUACGAAAAAGAAAGUAACGCAAGAGUCAUCAGAAGUCUAAGUGGCAAGCCGCUUUGCAACAACUUCUGGACGUUUUUAUGAGCCAUAUACUCUGCUGAACGGCAGCCUCAUGAGAUCUUUCAUGAUGUUACGAUGCUGUUUUUUUUUCUUUAUUUUCUUUAUUUUUUUUAUUUUUAUUUUGCAGCAUGGACGUGGCACCCCCUCGGCGUUUCUGAAGAGUGUGGGCCGCUAUGAGUAAUUGCAUUUGUCACCACCAAAUUUUUCAAAAGUUGGGAUGCAACUGCGGCAGCAGCAUCGAUCUAUGCGCGGCUUCGCUUGUCAACAAGUUGAGCUUGACCGCAGUUGUCCGUUAACAAUUUGGAGGGAGCUGCCUCUUGACAAUGCAACGAAUAGACGACGCAGCAAAAAGAAAAAAGAAAAAAAAAA